AGCAUCCGAUUGCCACGAUAAAAAAAAGGAUAAUUACAAAUGCAGUGAAAUUGUUGAAGCAAAGCGACUGGCGAAUAACAAUUCCAAUUGCUUGCCAAAAUAUACAAAAAUUAUCCCCGCACCAGUUUGCUUGUUUUGUGCGCCGGAGCAAAGCUGCCGCAGCCGUCGAAUCCGAAUCGAGAGCAUUACGGAUGCGAUUUCGAAUCCGAAUCCGAGUGGCGACAGGACGAAAGUGCGGCCCAAUCGCCGUCAAAUUACGCUAGUGAAAAAAUCGUGGGGCGCCGCUGAAUUUCUGUGCAAUUAACGUGAGCGAUUGAAAGGAUCUGCCUGCUGCCAACAACGCGACCGAUGAAAAUUGCGAGCCGUUCGCGUUCGUCCUGUGCGGCGGAAAGGAUGUGUAUGUGUGCGGGCUUUAUAUAAUGAAACACUUCCAAUGCGUGGACCCAGCCAGCUCUCGUCCUUCUUUUCAUCUUUUUUUUCGCGAACUGGAGUGGCAGGAUAGUGUCACUGUCAUUGCCAGUGCAUGGGAAUUGUGAGGGAAUCUGCUUGGUGGUUGGGGCUACGAAAGCUGCGCGAAAUAGCACAACAAACAGGCAGCAGCGGGGAAACUAACAAAAAAGUUAACUAAGGGCGGGCAUCCUUUUCCUGUGUGUGUGUGUGUGUGUGGUGUGUGUGUCUGUGCGUCGCUGUGGGGCAAAGGAAAACCAACCCCCACAAUCCGCACCGAAGGACCAAACAUUUCGGCUGCUACUCUCGAUGAAUUAAAAAAAGCCUGUGUCUGCGCUGCGCUUGUGUGCGUGCGUACACUUCAACGCGCUUCGAGCCCCACACACACACACACACACACACACAAACACAGGGACACAUUCACACACACACACACUUGAAUAAUUCAGAGACACUGCAAUGCUGCCUCAUUGUUCAUCAAUAAAUUGGCGUUAGAUGGCCACACACACUUACACUCGAAGAGAACUUCAAGGAGGAGCUUUCAUUUUCAGUUUUCGGCGUCUCAUUAUCCCGCGUGCUAACUGAAUUAUUCAACAAUUACAGCUGAGAUUUCGCAGCCUCACACGUUGCCAAAAAGUGCCAGUUGUGCCAGUGUGUCCACAAGUCCUUACGCUCAUUGGGCGAAGGACACAUGCAAAUGAAAAAUUCAUUUGCAUGUUUGUGUGGUGGGCCAGUGUGUGUGUGUGUGUGCGUAUGUGUGUGUGUUAGCUGAGAUGAAAAGUACACACAGCGCCGGUCAUCAUGGUGGCACAACAAUGAAGUUCAAGUUGAUCCUUUACGCGUCGAAAAGGAUCAGAAGUCCUUCGGCAGUUAAAUGUACACAUUGAAGAGCCAUUUGUGGAGUUUCAAUGCUGCAGAACAUCAUAUCCUUGAAAUAUGUGCCUUAAAGUAUGCUAUUUUCCACAGAAAACAUUUAGUUUCGAAGUUUCUUUGAAAAGGAAGGACACGGCGGCAGAAACUACAAGUGCAGCGCGAUGGCGCCCGCCAUCAGCAGGAGCACCAGCACCAUCACCACCACCACCACCAGUGGCACCAUAAUCCUUGAGAGCAGGAGCAGCGCCGCCGAUGCCGCCACCCGAUGAAGGAUUGCAGCAUGGCCCGCACAUGCACAUGCACUGGCAGCAGCUCUAGCACACACACACCCACGUCUACGUUCACUGGCAGCAUAAAUAACGCAAGGACAUGGACGGCGCAACGAACGCGACGAGGACAAAGGCCCACGGCCUGUGACAGAAAUAAACGCCACCAUCGCCUCCUCGCCAGGAGCUAACCGACUAAAAAAAAAAAAAACGUGAACCCAGCACCAGCACCAGCACUUGCUCCACUCCCGUUGGCCCCCAGUGAUAUUAUUUUUAAUGCAAUCAAAGUGCUAAGUGAGUUUGCCGAAAAAAGAAAAGCAGCAGAGACUACGAAACUAGAGUGCAGCCGUCGUGUCGGCUUGGGUCGUAACCCAAUUUGGGUAGUUUGUCCUUUGAGCGUGAGUCGCGGCAGCCGGAAAGGACGAGCAGGAUUCAUAUGGACGACGGCAGGUGCAGCCCGCUUAGCCAGGUGAGCAGCAGCAGCAGCCAGGAAAAGCCCUGCAAACUGUACCGCAAGCGGAGGCGACGCCACUGAACAAAGGAUCAACUCACCCAUUACUCGCCUAAAUGAAGAAUGAAGAAACAAAAUGUGCGCACGAUAUCCUUGAUCGUGUGUACAUUUACCUAUCUGCUUGUCGGCGCCGCCGUCUUUGACGCCCUCGAAUCGGAAACGGAAAAGCGUCGUUGGGAGGCGCUGCAAGAUGCCGAGGAUAUGAUAAUACGCAAAUACAAUAUCUCACAGGAGGACUUCAAAGUCAUGGAGACUGUGGUGCUCAAAUCGGAAUCGCACAAGGCCGGCCAGCAAUGGAAAUUCACCGGUGCAUUCUAUUAUGCAACCACGGUGCUAACCACCAUUGGCUACGGACACUCGACGCCCAGCACGGUGGGCGGGAAGCUCUUCACCAUGUGCUAUGCCAUCGUGGGGAUUCCCCUGGGUCUCGUUAUGUUCCAGAGCAUCGGAGAAAGAGUGAAUAGACUGAGCAGCUAUGUUAUCAAGGCGGUCCGCUCCUCGCUGCGCUGCAAGAGGACCGUCGCCUCGGAGGUGGACCUCAUCUGUGUUGUGACCACACUCAGUUCGCUGACGAUAGCUGGCGGUGCUGCGGCCUUUUCCAAAUUUGAGGGCUGGAGCUACUUCGAUUCAGUAUAUUACUGUUUUAUUACUUUAACCACUAUAGGCUUUGGCGACAUGGUAGCCCUGCAGCGGGACAAUGCACUGAACAGGAAGCCCGAAUACGUGAUGUUCGCACUGAUAUUUAUACUAUUUGGCCUGGCCAUUGUGGCCGCCUCGCUGAACUUGUUAGUACUUAGGUUUGUUACGAUGAAUACCGAGGAUGAGCGACGCGACGAGGCCCAGGCCAUGCAGGCGCUGCAAGUGGCUGUGAAGCUGGAGGGCGAUGUGAUAACAUCCAACGGAUCCAUUCUGAGCGGCUACGAGGGACACGAUGGCCAAUCUCUGAACGGAAGCAACACCUCGUCCAUGUGCUCGUGCCACUGCAUCUGCCUCAAUGGCAACCGGCACAAAAAAAGUAGCAACUUGGAAAAGAACAACGAUGCAGAAAAUCAAUACAAGCUGAGGCAAUCGCCGACGCACAUACGACACCUUCUGCCGGAGGUGGUGCCCAUGCAGGAUUUGAACUACGACUACGAUACGCAGAGCCUGCACACCCUUGCCGAUCGUGGAACCAUGGACAGCAGCUACAUGGGCGUGGACAUGGCGGACAUGGGGGAUACGGGCAGCAUGGAGCUGCGGCCACACACGUUGCUCAAGCGCAAUGUCUCACUGCUGUCCAUACGCAUCUAGACGGCGAUGUCGUCAUCUGCGGACGGCGGUGGAGGAUUGGCGGGUACCGGGAAAAACGAAGUGGCCCACGACCUUGCCAAAAACGACUUACAAAUCGAAAGUGAUAACAAGGCUCUAAUAGUACUUAAAUACUUAUGGUAGAUUCGCAACUGACGAUUAAUUGAUCGUUGGAUUGAUUGACCUGUGCGAUAGUUUGUGUAGGCUCCACCCGCGACUUGGACACGCCAUGUGUGUGCAUUUACAAUGUGAACUAGUGCAUAAAUCUAUACAACAUGUAGUCGGCCUGAUAGAGAGACUAAACCUAUAUUAUAUAUACAACACUUACAACUAGGGCACUAUACAAUUGAAUGUAAACCACUGCCACUUCCGAGCGAUAGAAUCUAGAGUUUAUGGAACGGCAACACUCACUCGUAGUCUUUGUAUCUCAACGCCAGUCAAACAUACGACAUGUAGUUUUCAAUAGAUCCCAACCGAUUCGGAUAGCCUCAAGCUGAAAUCAACCUGUAUUAGGUGCGUUUAUACUUUCAUAUAGUUUGGAUUUCCCGAGGGAACCAUUGCAUUGCAUUCCCUCAAAGUCUUUCAACAUUUCAACAAACGAACUGCCGCCAACUCUUCUUAAGUAUUUUUAAUGGAAAAACUGUCCAGCUUUUUCCAAAAGAAGUCGCGCGAAUGGUUUCAAAUCUAAUUUGCAGAUAUAAACGCAUAAGCCAAAGUAACGCAAUUUAAGUGUCAAAUUAACAUGCUGUACAUAACUCUAUAGCCGAUUAAUGUUAGAUAACGUUUGAAAAUCCAUUUUAUUCAGACUUAUUACGAUUACGUACGUAACGCGAUAUCAGUUCACACGACUCUAGUUAGUGGCCACAGCCAAGCCAAAAUUCUCGAUCCAACCAAGUGUCAAAAGUACUUAGCUGGAUGCCCCAGAAACUUCAAGUGACUCCACGAUGUGCCAAAUAAGCCGGCGGUACGUGCAACACAUAUGGUGGCACUAUGACGUGCGGAUCGUACAGAUACUAUAUAUAUAUAGAUAUCGUCUCAGACCCCCACCCCAAGACCUCCCCCUGUCGCAUUUAUGCAAAGAAUGCAUUUAGUUAUAGUUGUAGAUAAUGUCCCCAGACUCUUAAUUAGUUUAAGCAUUAUUUUACGGCAUUCGCAUUUAAAAUAGGAUUUUCGAUUAUCUGUUCUACUCGUAGUUAGUCGGUGCGAUUUUCAAGGCCCAUUGCCCAUUAACCAUUGCUCACUCGAGACGUCAAACGCUUGGAAAGAAAAAAUCUCUUUUAUCCCUAUGUGCUUUGUAUAUAAUAGUGUACUUAAUUCGUACAAGUAAUUACUUUAAAAGCAAAACACAAACGAUAUAUAUUGUUAGAACCAAAACUUUGUCAGUUUAUAAAACUUAGUUAUGCAUUUGAUUUUAGAUUGCUAAUUCAUUUUCAAAUUUUAAAUAUUUAACUAGGAUAUAUUUCAGCCAAUGAGGUGUCAAAAUUAUCAUUGGCGUUCUUCAAAUUCAAGAUAAAUAAAAUCAAAUGAAAUUGUAAUUUUAAUUCAGGC